UUCAGAGACUCCGCAUCAGCUUGAGUGGGCGUGUCCCGCAUGUCACGUGACAUGACAGGAAGAGAAGCGAUGGAGAAAAGCUAAGGAAGGAUCCUGUCCUGGCAGUGGCUUCCUCUCAACCCAGAGCUCUUGUGGAAUGGCAGCAGUUUGGCAGCAGGUUUUGGCAGUGGACGCAAGGUACAAUGCUUACCGCACGCCUACCUUCCCACAGUUCCGAACUCAGUACAUCCGCCGACGCAGCCAGCUGCUCAGGGAGAACGCCAAGUGUGGCUUUGAGCCAGGGCUGCGCAGGCAGUACCUGAAGCUGCGCAGUCAGCUGUUGGCCCUGCGCUACGGGCCCCUGUCCGAGCAGAGCAGCUUCAGGGCCAGCAGCGUGCGUAGCUCCCGUACCACACUGGACCGCAUGGAGGACUUUGAGGAGGACCCCCGUGCUCAAGGGGCUCGCGGUCAUCGCCGGUCUGUCAGCAGAGGCUCCUACCAGCUACAGGCCCAGAUGAACAGAGCGGUCUAUGAUGAGAGGCCUCCGGGCAGCUUGGUGCCCACCUCGGUGGCAGAGGCAAGCCGAGCCAUGGCAGGAGAUACAACCCUGAGUGAAAACUAUGCAUUUGCUGGCAUGCACCACAUUUUUGACCAACACGUCGACUCUGCUGUUCCGCGGCUCCAGUUUGCCAACGACGACAAGCACCUCCUUGCUUGCUGCUCGCUGGACGGCACCCUGUCCAUCAUGACGCUGUCGCCCACUCCUCCAAGCGUGAAGCUGGCUCUGAAAGGCCACGGCGGACCCGUCACAGACUUUGCCUGGUCCCUAAGCAAUGACAUCAUUGUGUCGACGUCGCUGGAUGGGACUCUGCGCAUCUGGAACACCGAGGACGGUCGGUGCAUUCGAGAAGUCAGAGACCCAGAAUCCAGCGAGCUGCUGUGCUGCACCUUCCAGCCGAUGAAUAAUAACCUCACUGUGGUGGGGAACAGCAAGCACCACCUGCAGGUAGUGAACAUCUCCACUGGGAAGAAGGUGAAGGGGGGCUCCAGUAAGCUGACAGGUCGCGUGCUGUCUCUCUCCUUUGAUGCUCCGGGGAGGAUCCUGUGGGCUGGCGAUGACAGGGGGAGCAUCUUUUCCUUCCUCUUCGACAUGGCAACAGGGAAGUUAACCAAAGCCAAGCGGCUGGUGGUGAGCGAAGGCAGCUCCAUCUGCAGCAUAUCCGCCCGGUCCUGGAUCAGCCGCGAGGCCAGAGACCCCUCCCUGCUGGUCAAUGCCUGUGUCAAUAAGCUGCUGCUGUACAGGGUGGUGGACAAUGAAGGAACACUACAGCUGAAGAGAAGCUUCCCAAUCCAGCAUGGAUCGCAGCAUGUCCAUAGCAUUUUCUGCCCCCUCAUGUCUUUCAGACAAGGCGCCUGUGUGGUGACCGGCAGCGAGGACGCCUGCGUCUACUUCUUCGACGUCGAGCGCAACACCAAGGCCAUAGUCAACAAGCUGCAGGGCCACGGCGGGCCGGUGCUGGACGUGAGUUUCAACUGCGACGAGAGUCUGCUGGCGUCCGCCGACUCCACCGGCAUGGUCAUCAUCUGGAGGAGAGAGCAGAAAUGAAUAAACGAAUAAUCUUCCAUCCACUUACAUAUUAAAAAAAAAAAGAAAAAGACCUCCUGCUCUUUAACCGUCCAGCAUCUGACGUAGUGACUCUAAAAGUGCAAUCGAGUAAAAACAUCUUCCUGUGUACGGGGCGACGGGGGGAUGCCUGAGAAGUUCACGGGGGUUGGAGGGUGGGCCGUGUGUGCAUGUCAGCCCUCCUACAGCUGCAGCUGGGAAAAGGGCUUUUUUAGGUAAGGAAAGGCUCCGCUACCAUGCAUGCGUCAUGGCUCACCUCCAGCUAGCCGUGGCUGUGACUGAACUCGUGAAGAGGGCGCUGUGUAAUCUCACUGGAAAAAAAAAAAAAAAAGCAACACUUUAUAUCACACCGACGUUCCCUCUGGCGUAGCUCUAGUUCACUAUUUAUGUAACUGUUGUUCAAGCAGCGUAAUCAAGUGUUGUUCGCCCGUUUCGCCUCUGAGACCACGUGCAUGAACCUGAAAUCAGAGUCGGACCGUUCAUCACAAAAUCUAGGUGUGUUUAUCAGUGUGUUUGUACCUAUUUGUGUGUAUGUGUGUGUGUGUGUGUGGUCUGUUUAUGCUGAUUCAGAUAAUUUAUUUAACGCAAUAAAUGGCUGCAUUGUGA